CGAUCGUCCACACCGGGCGGCAGAAACAGGACAAGCUACACAAACAUUCUAAAGCUCUGUGGAGAUUUCUUUUAAACACUCGAGACGACGAUUGGAUAGAAAUCGGCAAAAACUUCUGGAGAAAACCACAAUGCGCGUGUGUCCUCUCUAACUUCCAUUAGUUGGAGAGGGGUAUGCUUCUUAAAGAGCAGUACACGCUGUAGACACCAAGAGUACAAGUGGCUUGGGUCAUGAAACUGAGUCCACAGCAAGCUCCGUUAUAUGGUGAGUGUGUGCUGACUGUCCAGCUGUGUGAUGAUGAGUGCGGUGAGGAAGAGGAGGAGGUGGAGUUCUAUCUGCUGUUUGCAGGCUCCACUCAGCGGCAUCUGGCUAGCACCCUCCGGAUCAGUCAGGUCACCCUGCAGGCCAUCUGUCCAGCUCAUGACUCCAGUGAGGUGGUGCAGGUGACCCUGUGUUCUGCACGACCGGGCGGCUCGGUGGAUGCCCUGGCUGAAGAAUGUUUCCAGUUUGUGCAGGACCUGGCCUGGGACAUGGCCCAGUUCCUGGUGAGCAGGGCUGGCGGCGGCGGUGGUGGAGGAAGCCAAGAGGGGGCGCUGUUGCUGGACGAGUGUCAGAUCCCCCUGCAGGAGUGCGAGCGACUGGACGCCAACCUGGCGCAGGCGCUCCGCCACCUGCAGCUGCCGCGCGGCUGGAGCGUGCUGGACACAAAGAUGGGUGCCCAUGCUGAGGACACGCAGGCGGACGCACCUCUGAGCAUAGAGGACCAUCCUCACAUCAGCACAGAAAUGGACGGCGGGCCGCCAGACACCCUCCUGCACUUUGCGGCGCGGCGAGGCCUCCGUCAGGUGGCCCUGUUCCUGCUGGAGCAGCCGGGGGGGCGGGAGGCGCUGAGGCACCCCAACCAGCACGGACGCACGCCCGCACGGGAGGCCCACAAGCACGGACACGCGCAGCUGCAGGAGCUGCUCUCUGACCAGGAAGAGUCUCUCUCGUCUCUCUCGUCUCUCUCGGACGCGCACGAGUCCAAGGGGCGCCGCGUCUACCCAGGAGGCCGAGGGCGCCUGCACCACCACCCCGAGUUCAACACCUACACGCUCACGCAGAGCGUCUGUCCGGGCAGCCCCCCGCCCGCCUUACAGCGGGAGGUCCAGGACUUCCAGAGGCUCAUCCACCGCCACAGAGAUGGAGAGGGUGACGUGGGGCUGCAGCAGCAGUUAGAGAAGCUGUAUCCUGCCACAGGAAACCGCGAGGAGAGAGCCGGGAAGGGUCGAGCCAACGGCUCAUCACGCCGCACGCCCAAGCGCAAGCGAGGCAAGAGGGGCCAAAACAACAACAACAACAGCAGCAGCAACGUCGAGACCCACAGAACCGCAGACCCGUCCCCGGAGGUCCCUAGAACUUCCGCCGACCCCGACCCCCAGCCCGAGUCCACGGUCAACAAUGUCAGUGUGGCGGCAGCCGGCCGCCAGCUCUGUCCGAACGGGGAACGAGCAAGAGAAGGCACAGAGGAGGAGACGAGGGCUGGACCUGACGGAGACCCGCGGUCAUCGUCUCCACUGCCGGGGGUUCUAGAGGAGCACCGCGGUACAGCGGAGGACAGCAGGGGCACGGACAGGCGGGCACCGCAGGGUUCUGUGUCCGGUGCUGACCCGGCAGAACGGAUCGAGGAGGGCGGAAGAGAGGAGCUCCCGGCGCAGCACGCGCCACCAGAGAUCGCCCCCGACAGGCAGUCGCCAUCACCACCACCUCCACCACCACCUCCACCACCUCCAGUAGUCACAGCAGCACACGAGCAGCCAAAACAGGAAGAGAGAAGUGAGGGGGAAGAGGAGCGCUCCACCGCAGACUCCACCAUGGGCCAAGCACAGACCCAGGAUCAGCAGCCGCCACCGCAGCAGCAGCAGCAGGAGGAGCCUGGAGGUGGGGGGGCGAUAGACGGAGGGAGGAGGCACAAGGGUACAAAAGUUCCGCUCGGUCACGCGAGCGAGCCACAAACGCUCGACGCACUCAGGGGGCAGGAAACGGAGCCGGACUCACUGGCCGCCGCGGACGACGCCAUGCAGCCGACGCCUCUCACAGCCACAGCGGUCGGCAACGGUCACCAGGAAGACCCGAGCACGUGGGGAAUCGCCUCCAGAGGAGCAGAGGACGUCCGUCUCGGUUCUCACGGCGACCGGGCGGAGGAAAAGGAAGUGACCGAGGAGGAGCGAGCAGAGUUAGCCGACGCUCCCGAGGAAAGCACAGAGACUCAGGCGGUGGAGAAGUGGACAGAGAUGGGGAACGAGACGACCGGAGCGGCCGAGCAGGGGGCCGAAGGGGCAGGGGAGCCCGGCGAGACGGCUGGACAAAGGGGCGAGAGAUCGGACGCGCUCACAGAUGAGAGCGGCACACAGAGCCUCGUCUCGGGAUCUCCUAGCGGGCAGCAGGAAACGGACUUGACUGCCAGCCUCGGCAAGAAGCCCCCUCCCUGCACUUACCCUUCGCCUGAGAUUGGAUCCAACGGCGCAAGUACGCACACACACGUACAUGCCGCUAGCAACCAUGGAGAUAUGCUCAGCGACGAGGAACGCUCUCACAGACUCAUAGACACACUCUCGGACGGAAGCCUUAAAGAAACGUUGUCCAGUCCAGUUGAGGAGCAGCUGGAUCUGUCCGUUAGUCUCGGACCCGGAAUGGCUCCUGGACCGGACCGCUUGCCUGAACCGGACGGUACCAACGGGCCCCCAGCGUUCUCCGAGGCGUGUGUGAGUGGACAGGAGAGUCCGGGGAACCUCGGUACCGCUGAGACGAGUGACGGAGACGUGUCCAGCGAGGGAACCAAUCAGAUCGCAGAGACUGAAUACACAGAGAAGACACCCACCAAUCAAAAUGUAGACGAGGAGGAGCUGUCUAAUCACAGCACGGAGGGGGGAGAUAGUUCCGUUCCUGCACACCUCUCAGGUGUGAAUCAGGAGCGGUCAUACGCGGCAGUGGUCAAGCAGCUCCUGGCAUCUGAGCAGGAGGAGAAAGAGGGGGAGGAAGAGGGGGAAGAGGAAGAGAGGGAGAGCGAGGAGGAAAGAAAACAACAACAGGACAAUGAGGAGGAGAAGUGCACAGUUCCGGAGGAAUUCCCCCUCUCGGCCGUACCCUCGGGAGAACCCGGAAAACACUCCGAGCCGGAGUCCUCGGCAGGCUCGGAGUCGCUCGCCCACACACAGCCGGACGCGCACGCAGGUGCCGGAGCUUUCGCGCACACAGAGCAGGACACGCACGCGAGCGCUGAAGCUUUCACACACACACAGCCACACACACCAGGUGCUGAACCUUUCACAGACUCUGAGCCACACACACCCGCAGCAGGUGCUGAAUCUGACACACACACAGAGCUGCUGGACGACCGGGCGGUCACUGAGUCAGCCACACACACCGCUUCCGAGACUGACCGGAGGGCAGAGGAGGAGGGGGAGGAGGAGGAGGAGGAGGUGGGCGUCUCCGCUGAAGAGGGGGAACUGGACAGACCCGAGCGGGCGACAGAAAUCGACGCAGGAGGAACUAGUCCCGACGCACACACAGCACAGGGUCAGGGGACGCUUCCUGAAACGCCGACCGCAGAAACCGAGAAAAAAGUUCCAGAAACGCACACAGUACAACAGAGCGAGGGAACCGCUCCAGAAAGGUCUCCUAGCGAAGGCACAUGUUCUAUGACUGAUAGAACCCAGAGUGAACGGAUGGGUUCUCUGACGGACAGAACCCAGAGCGAAGGGGGCCGUAUUGACGAGGCUCCUCUUGAAAUGCUCCCGUCACUGCUGAUGGACGAACCCGCGGAUGGAGCCGCCGUCUUACCGCACGCACAAGACACUGACAGAGGUACGGAAGCCCCUCAGGAACACACAGAACGGAGCUCAGCUCCGGAUGCUGAUUCUGGAGAGGAGGGGGCGUUCAGCGAGAUGCUCUCCACUCCUCAGUGGGAAGAGGACGAAACGGCCGCCGCGUCCCAGGCGGAGCUGCCGAGCCCAGAGAAACAGAUGGACGGAGAGGGACGAGGGUCAGUCGGGGAGGCGGAGGACCACGGGUCACUUGGGUUCGGACAGGGCUCACGGGGAACCGAAACUCUGGCCUCUGGUCAGCAUGAACAGUCGUCUCCUGAGCGUGUGCUGUGCGAUGGACCUUUGGCCCCAGCGGAGCAGCCGUCUCCGGAGCGUGUGCUGUGCGAUGGACCUUUGGCCCCAGCGGAGCAGCCGUCUCCGGAGGGGUCGAGGCCGACGGAAGGUUCCGGUAAGGAAUGCGUUCAGGUUGCUACAGAGACUGCAGUCGAGGGAUGUAGUGAUGAUUCGCAGUCGCUCGAUCAGAGUGUGAAGGGAAUUGAAGAUUCUAAAGGGGAGAGUGUGUGUAGGGAGGCAGACACACACACCCUUGCUGGAGGUCUGCACCCGGAGCCUCCAGAAGAGGCCUCCGGCAGCACCAGGGGUCCUGCGGUAGAGCCAUGCCCAGUGGAGCUCACCCUUUCUGGGGAUGCACACACAGAGGCCCCCUGCCUCGAAGCUCCAGAGAGCAGAGUUGAGGAUACCAUUGCAAACAAAAGCCUAAAUGAGACAGAAACUUACGCAGACACAACUGUAAAUGAGACUGAAGCUCACACACACACAUCCCAAACUGAGACAGAGACUCUCACACACACAUCCCAAAGCAAGACAGAGACUCACGCACACACAUCCCAGAGUGAGACAGAGACUCACAUACACACAUCCGAAAGCGAGACGGAGACUCGCACACACACACUCGCGAAUGACUCAGAGGCACAUGCACACAAGAGCCCAAGCGACACGGACGCUCACACACACUUGAUCUCGAAUACAGCGCAGACAAACGCACACACAAGCCAAAGUGAUCCCCAGGCACACACCCGGCUGGACCCAUGCCAAUCAGAACCGGCAGCAGACGACGUUGACCCGGAGGUGGACGGCCGAGUGGACACGCACGCUGUGGAGGUGGACCUGGUUCCAGAUGCCGCUGAUGAGGCGUGUCCCGACGACUCCUCCCAGGACGUCCCCCAGGAAUCUCAGGACACACACCUGAGCUCGCACGGGGAGCCGGAGACACACACUCUCCCACAGUCAGGAGCACACCUGGGGACACACACACCGCUGGACAGAGACACACUCCCGGAGUCAGGAGGUCUCCUGGAGACAAGCUCCACACCUGGUGCAGAUGUAGGGGACAGUGGAUUAAUGAACGCUUUACGCGGAAGUGAGGGGCCCACAUCAAUGACGAACACAAAUGAGAUCCACAGACAGACGGAGGUGUUUUAUGCCGUGGACUCCUGUCCAGAAACGGACUUGCAGAAUAGCAAUAAAGAACGUUCCGAUGUCCCGAUGUGUCCAGCUUCAGAGAGGGACUCUGUUGGGUCAGAUGUCCAGAUGGACUCACUGGCAGAUGGGGACACUUUACCUAAGGUGGAGACGAUGGUUCCAGCAGUGGACAGUGGCAGCGAUGUGUCCUCGCCCACUCCCUCCGCAGAGGACCCCCCCAUCGCCCCCCGCCGUGACCCCACGGACGCUCUCGCCCGGGCCAGCUGGAGCUCGACGGACUCGUGGCAGGGCACGGCGGGCACCGCGCCCACUUCGCCCGCCUCGCCCGUCUCCGCGGAGCUGGAGGAGCUGGAGCGCAAGGACCGCGUGACGGAGGUGCCCGCUCUCUCGGCCCUGCUGCGCCCGGCCAUGCGCCCGCUCUCGCCCUUCCGCCGCCACAGCUGGGGGCCGGGCAAAGGGCCCGCGGCGGCAACCGCAGAGGGGUCAGAGACCAACGCCACCCAGCGCAACAGCGCUGCUGUACGCAGUCCUGGUGCAGGCAGGGCUGCUAAGACCACGGGCCACAGAAGAAGUGUGAGCUGGUGUCCUUCAGAUAUCCUCCGUCCAGCAGUGGAGGAGAUCGGGAACAGAAGCUCCAGUUUAGAGGGCCUGUCUGCUGAGCCGGAGGAGACAGGUGGGGCUCUGGCCCCAUGUGUAGUGGCGGAGACUGCCCGUUGCCGGGAUACGGUGCGGACGGACAGGGGGAGCUCUCUCGUCUCGCUGACCGAGGAGGAGCAGGAGUCGGACAUGGGAGAGUGCAGUAGCCUAGACAGCCAGAAGUCAGUCGGACUCCUCAGAGCCUUGAAGAGACCUCCCUCACACACACUUACCAAGUCUCGCUCCCUGGUGGCUAUUAGUCCCAAAGAUCUGGACGGUCUGGCCUCGUUCAGCAGCGUGUCUGGAUCUCUGGAGUACAGUAUCUCAGAGGAGGACCCAGGUCCCUUGCGGAGUGAUGGCGAGGGGAGACAGGGCACCAAAGUCAGUCGGACGUUCAGCUACCUCAAGAGCAAGAUGAGCAAGAAGGGCAAGGAGAAGGACAAGGACAAGGAGCGUCUGCGCGAGAGAGAUGCCCGGGAGAAGGAGAAGGGCUCGGUCAACGGGCACGUCUUCAGUGCCAUCACCAACGCACCCUCCACGCUGUGCCAGCACUGCAGCAAGCCCCUCAACACUAAAGAGGCCUUAAUCUGCAACAAUUGCACUGCACACGUCCAUAAAGGCUGUCGAGAGAACCUGCCCGUGUGCGCCAGGGUCAAAAUGAAGUCGAUGACCUUGCCUGAUUCUGGACCUUCAUCUGGUGUCACCAUGAGAAACAAAACCCCAGCAGUAUCCAUAUCUCGGGAUCGUCCAAAGUCGACCAUCUCCAUACCUGAUGAUCAGGUGCCAACUAGUCUGCCACGGAAGACCACCAGCAGUAUCAUGUCCUUCAGUGGACACAACCCACUGUCCAAGAGUGUGUCCAUUUCUAACAUUACUGGCCCUGGGCUUGAUGACCUGCCGUUGAGGAGAUAUAUGUCCCAGUCGACGGACUCCCUGCACAAGACCAGCAAGGUCAACGAGUCCACGGAGUCACUGACCGAUGAAGGUACGGAGAUGAUGGACAUCCAGCUGAUGUGUGAGUUUGAGCCUGACGUGCGGGAGCUGGAGGCGGACUCGUGGAGCGUAACGGUGGACAAAAAGCAGAUGAAGCACCUCAAGAAGGACGUGGUCAAGAGACAGGACAUCAUCUACGAGCUGAUGCAGACGGAGAUGCACCAGGUGCGGACGCUGCGCAUCAUGGGCGAGGUGUACUGCAAGGGCCUCGCGGGGGAGCUGAAGCUGGAGGCGGCCGUGCUGGAGCGCCUCUUCCCCUGCCUGGACGAGCUGACCGAGCUGCACAGCCGGCUGCUGGGCACCCUGCUGGAGCGCCGGAGGCAGACGCCACUCUCGCGAGACGCCCCUACCGCCACCACCAACGCAGCCGGAGGCUUCCUGGUGCACCGGAUCGGAGACGUCCUGGUCUCUCAGUUCUCCGGGUCCAGUGCGGAACGCAUGAAGAAGGUCUACGGGAAGUUCUGCAGCCGCCACAACGAGGCGGUGAACUUUUACAAAGAGCUCCACGCCAAAGACAAGCGGUUCCAGGCGUUCAUUAAGAAAAAGAUGAGCAGCGCGAUCGUUCGGAGGCUGAGCAUCCCGGAGUGUAUUCUGCUGGUCACCCAGCGCAUCACCAAAUACCCCGUCCUCAUUCAGAGGAUACUGCAGCACACAAAAGACUGUGACGAGGAGCAGGAGGAGGUGUCGCGCUCGCUGCGGCUGGUGAAGGAGGUGGUGACGGCCGUGGACGCCCGCGUGCACGACUACGAGCGGAAGCGGCGGCUCAAAGACGUGUACGGGCGCACCGACAGCAAGUCCAUCAUGCGCAUGAAGAGCGGCCAGAUGUUCGCCCGCGAGGACCUGCUCAGGGGACGCCGGCUGCUCCACGACGGCCCGCUGCAGCUCAAGACCUCCGCCGGCCGGUUCAAAGAUGUCCAGGCCCUGCUGCUGUCCGACGUGUUUGUCUUCCUUCAAGAGAAAGAUCAGAAGUUUGUCUUCGCUUCACUGGACCAGCGGUCGACGGUCAUCUCGCUGCAGAAGCUGAUCGUGCGCGAGGUGGCCAACCAGGAGAAGGCCCUGUUCCUGAUCACGGCGGGCAUCGAGAGGCCAGAGAUGGUGGAGGUGUACGCCAGCUCCAAGGACGAGCGCAACACCUGGAUACAGCUCAUCCAGAACGCCAUGCAGUCCAUAGAGAAGGAUGAGGAUGAGGGCAUCCCCAGUGAGAGUGAAGAGGACAAGCGGCUACAGGAGAGCAAAGCCAAAGAGACCAGAGAUCUCCUGCACCGGAAGGACGAGCAGAUCGUGGGACUGCUGGAGGACAAGGUGAAGCUGUUCCGGGAGUUGUGCGACUGCGCCGCCCCCGAUGACCUCAUCCACGCGCUCCGCGGCCGCAUGAUGUUCCGCGCCACGCCCAGUGAUGUCACCAAGGGCGAACCAAUCAUGAAGGACGCACUGAAAGAAGUGGAGACCCUGCAGGAGCUGGUGCACAGGAGUGUCGGUGGAGCCGUGGGUCAUCAGAUGUCGUCGUGUCAGGAUCCACCAGGGGGCAGUGUGGGGCCGGUUUGCCUCCCCCGGCGCGCUGAGACCUUCGGGGGCUUCGAUAGCCACCAGAUGAACAUCUCCAAAAACGGAGAGAAAGAUGAGGGUGAGGACUUGCGAAGAACAGAAUCAGACAGUGUGCUGAAGAAGGGAGGCAGUGCAAACCUUCUGCUCUUACUCAAGAGGAAUAGUGAGCAGGUGCUCAACAGCGUCACACACCUGCAUGAUCUUCUCCUCGCCCUGCAGGCUGUGGUGGUCCAGCAGGACUCCUUCAUUGAGAACCAGCGGCACGCCCUGACCCAGCGCUCCGCGUCCUUCUCCUCCACCUCCUCCGUCUGCUCCUCCUUCUCCUCCUCCUCCUCCCGGCCGGCGGCAGCGGCGACAGCGACGACGGCGAUCUCCCCGAUCUCCCCGAGCGGCGGCGGCGGCAUCAGCCCCGGCGCCGGGCCGGAGGUGGCGGAGCAGGAGCGGGCGCUGGCGGAGGAGCGGCGGCGUUGGCAGUGCCAGUGCGAGGAGCGCGAGCGGGCGCUGGCCGAGCGGGAGCAGCGGGCGCUCCGGCAGGAGGAGGAGGCGCUCGCCGGCGGCCGGCGGCUGGAGCAGGAGCAGAGGACGCUCCGCGAGCGCGAGGAGGAGCUGGAGAGGGAGGCGCGGCUGCUCCGGCAGCGGGAGGAGGAGUUGCGGGCGGAGAGGGAGAAGAUGCGCGACGCUCAGGGCCGACUGGAGCGAGAGAGGGAGCAGCUGAAGCACAGCACACAGGAACAGCAGUGUCGGCUGAACAGGACCCCCUCCACCACCUCGGAGGACUCCAUGAAGUUCCAGAGCUCCGGCUCGCUGGACCGAUUCCCCGUGGCCGGCGACGGCGACCUGUCCUGCUACUCCACGUCCCCAGCCACCGGCGGCAGCCCAGCCAAGGACCUGAUGUCCAGGAUGGACUCCAAGAAGCGGAAAGGGAAGAGCCUGAACCCCUUCUCUUCCUCCUCCUCCUCUUCCUCCUCCGCCGUGUCGGCUCCACAGCCCAUGCCCAGCCGCCUGCUGCAGCUCACCAAGCCCAAAGACAAGAAGGAGAAGAAGAAGAAGAAGGGCAAAGGUCAGGCCGCAUCCCCCACAGACUCCCCCAGCACUGAAGCCACAGAUGCCUCUGGGGAAGCAACGGUUUUCUACUGCUGAAGUCCUUCACUCUCAUCCAGGUCCUCCAGCAUCCCACAAGCCCCCUCUCUCAGGAUCAGCCUUGCAAGCCCCCCACACCCCAAUGCAGCAUCUAAAGUGUGUGGGAUCCCAGGUUGUGUCCUGCCAUAGGAUUCCCACAUCUGGCAGUGCACUAAACUCAAGACAAACAGACACAGACACACACACACACACACACACACACACACACACACACACACACACACACACACACACACACACACACACACACACACACACACACACACACACAGCCAGAUGCAGCCUGACACACCCACUCUGGACCCUUUGAGAGUGUACUGAUGAAGUGUGUGGUGAGAUGGUUGCUUGGUGAUGUGGAUGUAGAUUGGUUUGGACUUGACUUGGCGACAUGCCGCUGUGUGUUUAAGAGGUGACCUGAGAGGAGUGGUCAUCGUGGUCAUCUUCAUCCCGAGCAAGAGGAUGAAGACCAGGAUACAAAGACUACAAAAGGGCCCCUCUGUCACGAGGAGGAGGAAGAGACUUGCACCACCUGAGGGAUAACGAUGUGGAGAUGAAGAGACUCUAUCGUCAGGGAGGCUCUCGGCCCCUUAUGGCGGCCAUGUUGUUUUGUGUGAGAUCCUCUGAGAGAGAUUAGAGGUCUCAGAGGACAUUUAAGGGCUAAUUAGUCUUAGGAAUGGAUGCAUGGCGCAGCUUGAACUCCUGUGUCCUGUAGCCUGAGAUGGGGGAGAAAGCUGAAGAAUGCCAUGUAGAAAUGGGCCAUCAGGUGGCUAAUCACACACACACACACAUGCACACUCACACACACACACACACACACACACACACACACACACACACACACACACACACACACACAUACCCACACACACACACAUGCACACACAGACAUACUUGCUCAUACAUACUCAUACAAUUGGAAGAGACAGGAACAGACAAGUAGAUUACCAAAAUUAAGUAUGUGACAAUUACAAACUUAUGAAUGAAGAGAUUGUUUAAGGAUAGAAAGCUAGAUUGGAAAUAGGAAGUGAGUUAGGAUGAAUAUGUUGGAAGAAAAGGAAAGAACACACACACACACACACACACACACACACACACACACAGAGAAAUGAGUGUCGUCUUCAGCAAUGCUUUAGUUUAUAUUCCCCUCCCUAUUUUGGAAAGCCACCAGUCCUUUUAGCCUUAUUUUAUCCUAACUGCCAGCCUUAAUGCAGUUUUUCAACACGUUUUGAGCACUUUAUUAGCACACAGUUUCAAAUGAAAACUGUCCUCUUGGAGUUGGAGACAAUCCAUCAGCUCCACUAGGUUUGUGUUGUCAAAUCAAGAAUCUAUCAAGGAGACAAUUAUGACUUUGAGACAGAGUUAUUGUAUUUUUUGUUUUGUUUUAAGUCAUGUCAUUUGUAACAUGAAAAGUUUGAAUGAUAUGUGGAGCUAGCUUCCGCAUAUUAAAUAAUAUCCCAAAGGUCUAACUCUGGUACUGUCUUUGCAGUAUAUGUGUUUUCAUGUGAGUGUUUUUUCAUUGAGGUGCUAUCAGAUUAGGACAUAGCUGCAAUGCAAGGAGUUAUUGCAUCACGACACUCUCCUGUACAGAGAGCUGCAGAGGUGCAAUUGUGUUGAUUUGCAUAUCAAACCAAAGACCCACGAACAGACACAAGUGGCUCUGUGUCCGGUUCUGUGUCCAGUUCUGUGCGACCCUUUGACCCGUGCUCAGACCGGCACACUUCUAUGACCUUUUACCCCCAGCGGUCUUUCAGCCGCACGUAUCCCAAGAUUCCCUGCCUGCCGGUCAGGCCAUGCCCCCGCUCGAGAAGGUGGAGCCCACUGCACAUGCUCAGAUGCAAAUCAGUCAGUGGGGAAAUGUGCUAAACUGCUUUAUCCAUCUCUCUAAUUCCUUUCUCUCUUCAGGCCAUUAUUUUAAUUUACUUUACUUUUUUUUCCCAUUUUAUUUUAUUAAUUUUUUUAUUUGCUUGUGUGGAGAGGCAAAGCCCCGCAGUGCUGCAGGGAUCUGUACUGGGACCCUGUAUGGAUUUAUUUCCUUCCUGUCAUGGAGGCAGACUGUGAUUCAUUAGAGGCUGGACCCCCGGGGGUCCAUGA